AUGGGUACCACCUACGCUUACGACUUUCCCGAAUUAUUUCGUCAAGCUAUUAGAAUACUAUGGAAUCAUGCAUCGUAUCUCAACAUAGUCUUGGCGAUGUUUUGGAAGCCAAAGAACCUUGUGCCUGACGGGAAUAAUAAUUUACAAGAAGUGGCAAAUUCUGGUGCAAGAAUUGGAUUAACGGAAGAAGAGACAUAUAAGCAAUUAUAUCAAAAUGGAAGGAAAUUCGUUAUCGCGGAAGAAAUUGUUGAGGAAGGAGAAACACGACACAAAAUCACCUAUAUUAUUGGAUCAAAAGAUGGGCUUGGUGUUGAAUGCACGCAAAUUAUGCUUAAGAAUGGAGUUUCACAUCGGACUGCACAAAAUGAUUUGGAGGGUAUUACAAAGGUUAUGCAAUGGUUUUCUUACGUUACAGUCGUUCAAAAUAAUCUUGUACCAAUAUUUAUAAACUUAGGUGCUUGGGACAAUGAUGUAGUUAUAUGCCUCCCAAAAGGCCUUACGGUCCAAGAUGGCUUUGUUGAAACUUUAAGUGGAUGGUCGAGGACUGUUGUAGUUGGACUUGCACGUUUUUGUGGAAUUCCAAUGGGUGUUAUAGCGGUUGGAACUCGUACUGUCGAAAGCAUAGUUCCAGCUGAUCCGACUGCUCAAGCGAUUAAUGAUUUUAACAAAGGAGGACAAUUACCCUUAGUGAUUUUUGUUAAUUUUCAGACUGUAUUUGUAUAUAUUGUUCCUAAUGGAGAACUUCGUGAUGAUGCUUUGGUUGUAAUAGAUCAAUGA